GGGAGCGGCGUGGGGAGGAGGCGGGCAGCGGCAGCCCGCUCGGCUCGGCGAGCCCCGCUGACAAAGGCAGCGCCCCGCGGCCGCCUCGCUCCGUCCCUCCCGCGGCGGCGGCGGCGGCGGCGGGCAGCGCGGGGCCGGGGCGCUCGCACAAGAUGGCGGUGGGGCGGCGGGAGAGCGCGCUCCCCUCUUAAAUGCGGCCGCGGCGGCCCCUGCUCCCGGCGCCCGGCGGGGCUUACAUGGCGCUGGAGGACCUGCUUUGUCUCUGCUUCUCCGCCCUCGCCGUCCUGGCCGUGCAAGGGAAGCUGUUGGAAGGGGAUUCUCUGGAGCUGAGCUGUAGUGCCGGUCCUGCGAAGGUGAUAUUGGAGCCGAACCAAGUCGUGGUUUUGGACUGUAACGUGGCCCCUGUGGAACAGGUGAUCAAUAUCACGUGGAAGAAGAAUGGGUUUCCAUUAGUGGAGCAGGACCAUCUGCACGUGCUUCCGAAUGGAUCACUCUUCAUCUCAUCCCAGGCUGUGGCAAAAGACAGCGAAUCUGAGAGGGCCGGCGCUGAGGGUAAUUACUCCUGCGUGUCCCACAGCUCCCUAGGGGCUGUCACCAGUCAAACAGCUGCAGUCAGAUUUUCAACCUUAUCACGCUUUUUCCAACAGCCGGUGUCACAGACAGUGGAAGAAAAUGGCAUGGCCCGGUUUGAGUGUCGCAUUGAAGGACUGCCCUCCCCGGUCAUCACGUGGGAGAAGGAUCACGUAGCUGUUCCAGCAGAGCCCAGGUUUAUAACUCUUCCAAAUGGUGUCCUCCAAAUUGUGGAUGUGCAGGAGAGUGAUGCUGGGGCUUACCACUGCGUGGCAACCAACGCUGCCCGGAAAUACUACAGCAAUGAUGCGGUCCUCAGUGUCCUGAAAGGUUCUCAGCCAGCAGCAGGAGAUGUCACCAUCGUGGCUGCUCCGGAGAACACAACGGUGGUGGCAGGGGAGAGCGCGGUGAUGGAGUGCAUGGCAUCUGCCGAUCCCACCCCCUUUGUCUCCUGGAUACGACAGGAUGGAAAGCCCGUUUCCACAGAUGUGGUUGUGCUGGGCCGGACAAACCUCCUCAUUCCUUCCAGCCAGCCGCACCACUCGGGGGUGUACGUUUGCCGGGCUAACAAACCCCAGACCAGGCAAUUUGUUACAGCCGCAGCUGAGCUCCGGGUCCUUGCUAUGCCCAGUAUCUCCCAGGCUCCUGAAACUAUCUCUCGCACCCGAGCCAGCACAGCCCGCUUCGUUUGCAAGGCAGAGGGCGAGCCAGCCCCAACCAUUCACUGGCUGAAGAACGGCGAGGCCAUCCUCUCCAACGGGCGCGUGAAGGUCCAGAGCAGUGGGAGCCUUGUGAUCAAUCAGAUCGGGCUGGAGGAUGCCGGCUACUAUCAGUGCGUGGCUGAGAACAGCCUGGGCAUGGCUUGUGCCACCGCCAAGCUCUCGGUGAUUGUGCGGGAGGGUUUACCCAGCGCUCCCAAAAGGGUGUCAGCUGUGUCCCUCUCCAGCACCACAGUCCUUGUGUCCUGGGAGCGUCCAGAGUACAACAGCGAGCAGAUCAUCGGCUUCUCGUUACACUACCAGCGGGCUGUGGGAACAGAUAAUGUGGAGUACCAGUUUGCCGUCAAUAACGAUACCACUGAGCUGCAAGUCAAGGACCUAGAACCCAAUACCAACUAUGUCUUCUAUGUGGUCGCGUAUUCUCAGCUCGGAGCAAGCCGGACAUCCUCUUCUAUAAUCGUUCAGACCCUGGAGGAUGUUCCUAGUGCUGCCCCUCAGCUGUCCCUGUCAAGCAUGACUCCUGGUGACAUCCGUGUGACGUGGCUGCCUCCUCCUCCGGAGAUGAGUAACGGCAAGAUAACGAAGUACAAGAUCGACUACUGUACCCUCAAGGAAGCAGAUCAGGUCACCUCCAUCGAAGUGGGUGGAAACGAGACACAAAUCACUCUCUACUCUCUGCAUCCCAACAAAGUGUACAAAGUGCGCAUUGCAGCCAGCACCAGCAUGGGCUAUGGGGUCCCUUCGGAGUGGACCCAGCAUCGGACUCCUGACAGGGACAACCAGACACAUGUUCCAUUUGCCCCAACAGAAUUGAAAGUCCGAGCGAAGAUGGAGUCUCUCCUGAUAACAUGGCAACCCCCAGCCAACCAUGCCCAGAUAUCAGGCUACAAACUCUACUACCGGGAAGUGGGCACAGAGGAAUCCAGUGAUGAAAGCCCUUUGGAUGGUGCUGAAGAUGAGAGCUGGGACGUAGGGCCCAUAAAGCUAAAGAAGAAAGUGAAGCAAUAUGAACUGACUCGACUAGCUCCUGGGAAACUCUAUGAGGUGAAGCUGGUGGCAUUUAAUAAGCAUGAAGAUGGCUAUGCAGCGGUUUGGAAGGGCAAAACAGAAAAGGCACCUGUGGCAGCAGUAGAUCCCCCAGUGCAGAAGGGUCCCCCGCUGCCUCCGGUCCAAGUCUAUGCAGAGUCCAACAGCUCGACUUCCAUAUGGCUCAGGUGGAAGAAGCCUGACUUCACCACAGUCAAGAUUGUCAACUACACUGUGCGCUUCAGCCCGUGGGGCCUGAAAAAUGCCUCUCUCGUUACAUAUUACACGAGCUCGGAUGAAGACAUCCUCAUUAGUGGGUUGAAGCCCUACACCAGGUACGAGUUUGCCGUGCAGUCCAAUGGUGUUGGCAUCGAUGGGCCCUUUGGCAGUGUGGUGGAGCGGUUCACCCUUCCAGACCGUCCUUCGACUCCUCCGUCUGACCUGCGACUGCACCCGCUCAACCCCUACGCUGUCCAGGUGCACUGGUGCCCCCCUGCCGAGCCCAACGGCAUCAUCGUGGAGUACCUCAUCCUGUACAACGCCAACAACACGCAGCCCGAUGACAUGUGGACCUUGCUAACACGCGAAGGAAAUAUCUUCAGCACUGAAGUGCAUGGCCUGGAAAGUGAUACCAGAUACUACUUCAAGAUGGGAGCAAAGACAGUCGUGGGAUCUGGACCCUAUUCAAACGUUAAGGAUGUGCAUACCCUCCGGGAGAAGCUGUCUGAUGUUCUGGAUAUCCACUCUGUGACGGGAAUCAUUGUGGGAGUCUGCCUGGGACUGCUCUGCAUACUCUUCUGCAUGUGCGCCAGCUUCCGCAACAGCAAGCAGAGGGAGGCCCUGCCAGGCCUGGACUCCCAGGCAGCUGGCAACCACACUUACUACCACCGGGGCAGGCAAGGGGUGGCAGCUCCCAGGGCCACCUCAGACUCGCACGAGCUGGAGUCCCUCAUGUCCCCGCUCCCGGAGGAUGCACCCGUGCCCCUGGGGGACAUCACGGAGCUGACAGAAGUGCACAGCCUCAUCCACACGAGCCUCCCCGAGGACGCCAUCCAUGGGAAGAGGAAGUCUUCAUGGAAUAAAUCAGCUAACCAGCCCUGGACAAACAACAUAGCCAGAUACGGAGACACUAUCACAAAAGAGCCUCUCUCUGCUGUGAACGGAUCACUGAAGCUCCAGUCCAGUGCAGGACAGAAGCUUUUGUUACAAGCUCUGGUUUACGAUGCUGUUAUGAAUGAAGGAAAGAAAAGCCACUCCCCAGCCUGCCUCCAUCAAGUGGAAGCAGAGGUCAUUGUCCAUUCUGAUUUUUCGGCCUCUGAUAGAGACUAUGACUCUCAGCUUCACACACUGGACAGUGAAGAAACGGAAACCGAGGACCAAGAGCCUGAAGAGUUUCCCUUCAGUGACCUGGCUCUUCCCAGCUCUCCCAACUCUCCCAGCAACCAGCAGGAUGCUGGCCAACCACUGAUGGACUGCAAGGGCAAUUCUGAGGUUCAGACCCAGGGCGGACCAUUAAGUACUGACAGAAAGACUAACAAAGCAGAGGCUGUUUGCAUCCAUGGGCUCACCAAUGGCUUCCACAGGCAUGGGGAAAGUCUACAUUCAGUGGAGAGCGGAGAUUCGGACUCCAUCCAGGAAGGCAGGGGGGAUGUACAACCAGUCAAGUGCCAAUCACUUUCCAUGGCCCCGGAGGAUGUCCCCCUAUGUAGUAACUCUGGUUUAACCAGUUCAUCCUCAGCAUCUGAGAGCGUGAUGUAUGUCCACAAUCAUGAAAGCAUAAACUAAUCUGAUUUUGAUCAUGGGAGAGCUGGAAGCACUAAUAAAGGCCUGUCCCUGUGAGGUACUGCAUGCCCUUGACUUACUGAGUGCAGCAGGAGCUAAGAAGGCGCAGCAUCUCAUCAGAACAGGAUUUGGACCUGUCAGCUGUACAUAUUACCUUCAAGAAAUCAGUAGGUAGAUUGAUAAGAGCCCCAUCUUCCCGCUAAACCUAAUGAGUAAUUUGGUGUUUGUGGAAGCAGGACUGAGCCAUCUGCCAAAGUCCGAUGUAAAACCAUGGCUAGAACAGAGCCUUCUGCAUUAGACUGGUGCAGUCACUUCUCUGUAAUCCUCAAUGGUGACUGGUAAGAGGUCUUUUAAUGCUGAAAAGAGGCAGAGUACACUGAGUGAUCCUUCUCAACUGUCUCUUCACCAUGGAGAGCCUUGGCAUUACCUACUGCCUUGCAGCGUUGGGAUGAAUUUUGUCAAAUGAAGAGGUGGAAACCAACGGAAACAGAAGUUCAGUGAGCUGUAACCACCAGCCUUUUCUGCCCUCCCGUGGUUAAAAUGAUUAUAAGGCUCUCUUUGUACGCUGUCACAGUAACUAUUACUAGCAGGCUGAUGUAGUGGCCUUUUAUUACACACUCUACGAGUGCCUCUAACAACUUGUACUAUAUAGAACCUUCUCCAGUGUCUGGGUCAUUUCACCAACCUGGACUUUGUUUUGCGUAGGUUCUUGUACCUAAUAUUUUAGGUACGCAUCUGUCCUUUUAAUGUACAACAUGUAUUUUUAUUUCCUUGGAGCAUCUUUAUAUUAUUUAAUUUUAUAAAGUGGAGUAGUGUGUGGUAUAGAGUAGCAUUUUUACUACUUCUCUCUUUCUUUUUUUUCCUCCUUAACAACACAACUACCUCAUGUCUGUUGGAGAAAAAAAAAGCAGUAGAUCUACUCUUUUGUUAUAGUCCAUUAUAGGUUUUAACUUAUUCUUAUACUGCCUUUUUCUAAAGAAUAUGUUUGCACUGGUUGUUGACUAUUUUUUAAUGAAUAGCGCUGCAGAUCUGAUGUCUCUCUUGCUUUGUUCCUUUGUAAGGUAUUGCCGUAGGGCACUUCUGCGGCUGGAGAGUUGGGCUGUGUUUCUCUGUAGGACUAUGUGUGUUUUGUAGGAGCUGGCCAAAGGAGAGUAUUUCAGCUGGUGGGAUGUUGAUCAGUCUUUAAGAAACUUAAACUAGUGAAGAGAAUAAAGAACCAACAAUUGCAAGAGUAACUUGUGAUCUCGGGGACAUCUGUUCCUUUCUCCAUGCCCAGCUGGACUUGUCUCAGAUGAUUCUGAUUUCCAGAGAGUAGCUCUCAGCCUCCUGGAAGCAGUGGAUUUGCUGAAGGCUUUGGAUGCACAGGCGAUAAUUUCUAGCACUUCUGAGAGUCCUGGCUAAAGCGUGUUUAUUAAAGAGGAAUCACAGAGUUUAAAAAUUAAAAUCAGAUCCUAGCUAUACCAGUAGGGUCUGAGUGUUAUUACAGAGUACACUUAAAAAUUAUCCAAUUGCUGACGAUUUUCAUUGCUGACACUGUUUGCUUACUGCUGACAAGUCUCUCAGCUUGUCCUUCUGGUACUGGGUGGACUUUUCACUACCUUGUCCCUAGCCUGUCUGUAUCCUGUUCCAGGCUCGCAGAGUUUGACUGCAAACACCGCAGUUUGGAUCAGCUCCUCAGGGGUGACUGGGAUCUGUAAUUCUGGUCUGUUCAUUGGGUAUUCGGUAAAUGUUCUCCCCCCUGAGGAUUUGUUUGUUAAGGAUGGAAACAUGCACAGCACUCCCUUUUUCUACUGAAAGUCCCCAGAGGCUGUGUGGUGGCUGGGUGCUGAUCUAUAAAAGGCUCUGGACUUUUUUUGUAUAGAAAUCUGGACUGAGAUACCACUGCUUGCAGCAACGAGAACUUGCUCCACCAGCAGCCCUAUCCCUGCUUCUGUUGUGCAGAGCCAUGUCACGGUCUGGCCUGUCUUUGGAGCUGAGCUGGGCCAGCCCAUGUCCUUUCAGUCAUCCAUCUGACCCUGUGAGCUCCAGCUGUUCAGGAGACGAGUACCUCCAAGCUGUCGUGUACCCAGUUCGGCAGGAUGUCAAAGUUUUCACCUACCCCCAUCCUACGGCUUCUCCUCCCAGCAUGACGCAGUGUUCUGGUGAAUGGCUGUAUUUCCGAUCAUCCCACUCGCUCUGUCGCUCUGGCUGGUGCUGGGUACCCUGAGGAGUCUUGGAAAUGCUUUCCAUGCUCUGAAGCACCAUGACUCUGAAAGGCUUUGGCAGAGAGACUUGAAAUCGGUGCCUGUGAGCAGGCCAGGCAGGAGCUGGUGCAUGUGGGCUACCAGAGCGAGGAGCUACAAGGGCAAGAGAUGGUAACUGGGCAGAGGACGGGCGUAAUUAACCUUAGAACUCACUGCAGACUUCGAAACUAACGACUCAGCAGGGUUACAGAUAAGACAAUGAAGUGUUAUUGCAGGCAAUAAGGGCAAUUCACAGUUAUAUGAGAGCGGAUGCAAUUGCUGAGGUAUAAACCCUCCAGCUGGGAGUAUCAGGCACCAGCUGCAGAGGGUGGGGGGAGUUUUCUGUAGCUCGAGCUUAGUUUGUAGUUAGUCUUGGGGAAGAGUCCUUCCCUUCCCCAGUGACAGAACAGACCCUUUCUCUGUACGAACCAGACUGCCAUCUCUGACGUGCAAAAAGGAAGAAGGACCCUUCUUGGAAAGGCUCACACUGAGGGAAUUCCUGGUGACUUCCUUGCAACUCCAAAACCAAGUCACCUGCCGUGGUCCCCCAUGCAGAACCUGUGAGCGUAACAGCGUGCCAGAGGACUGCUUCUUGCAUGUUCCUUGGUGAUGCAGCGAAGCCUCGACUCAGGAGAGCUCCCUGGAUUGAACUUUUGGAACGAAUGCAUGGGUUGGAAACAUGCUAAUGGCCUCUGGGAAAUGCUUGCAGGAUCUUGGGAUACAUCUCUGAGCAUCAUCUUGGGCCGUAUUCUGGAAAAUAGCAGCAAGCCAGUUGGUAGCUUUCGAAGGCUGAGCAUCUUUGCUCCUGGAGGGCAAGACCAGGAGCAGGAGUUUGGUCAGCAGUGGACAGAACUGGGCUGCCGGAGAUCUCCUCCCAGCUCCCCGUCAUGCCGCUGUACUUGGGGCAGAUCACACAGCAGCUCUGAGCUUUCUGUCUGUACCACAAGGGUUUGUGGGGACGGAGGCUUAGUUCAGUGGCGGGUUCAAAUUGAUUUAGGACUGCGCCACAGCUGCCAGGAGCACUCCUUUGUACACACACCUGCUGCUUUCCCUACACCGGCUUUAGAGUUCCUAGAGCUGUUGUUGAUCUGCCUAAAAACUAUGCCUGCCCGUCACUGAAGGCAACACAAGUGGGCAGAGUGUGGGCCCGUCCACUUGGAUCACCUUAGGCUGAUCAUGAAACCCCCAAGUUUUGUGCUUUGAGAGCUUGGGGGGAGAUGCAGUGGAGUGCACACUGUCCUCUUUAUGCUAGGAUUUAUUCAGGUAGGAAGUUGCACCACAAAAGUACUUUUUCUCUGCAGGUUGAGGCUUCUUCUGACCUUGCUCCACCCCAGUGGAUUGAACCAGAGCUUAAAACUGGCAGCAUUUGGACAUGCAAGUACUGCAGUAGCAGUGGACUGAUGUGCCGACCUCAGCUGCAUAAAUCAGGGCAGUUCCCUCAGAGCCAAAAGAUCUCCACUGAUGGACAACAGCAAAAGUGUUCUGAAAUCACUCUCUAUAUGAGCGUCUGUGUCCAUGCAAAAUGCUUGGUGUCCUCGUUUAUCUCCGCUGUACCCCAGGUCCCCACUAUUUCGAACGUGUGGGACCGUCCUAGCCUCAGCUAGUGGUGAGACACGAAUGGAAGAAGACAGAUAACACACAUCUCGCGUGCAAAGCUGAAACAACCAGUGCAUAUAUUUUUCUACCAUAAGUAGCUUAAUUUCCCACAGACACUCAAACUGUUGAUACCUUUAAUUACACAUCAUACCUAAUAUAUGUUCCUACACAUCAGGCUCCCUUUUCCCCCUUUCAGUAACACUAAAGAUUAUUGCUGUUCAGCUUUUUGCUGGUGUAUGUUGUUUUACAUUGUUAAAAUGUCAGAUUUGUCUCCCUGGCAUAAUUUUGUAGUAUUAAUGUUACCAUUUGGCUACACAACUGUAUAUUUCCCAUGCUGCUGUGAAAGUCAAAAUUCUAAUUCUUUUAUUUCUUUUAAUUUCCUGUUACAUGAAACAUAUGACUGAGCUAAAAGUAUCUUUUCAGCUUUUUUUGAUUUCUUACUUAACAGACAGUAAAGUUCUGGUUUAAAUAGUUCAAAUAAGAUAAUUUAUAACCUAGGUUUUGAGAAUUGUGUUGCAUUACUAGCUAAUAAUUCUGAAAUCAGUCCAUGAAAUAUGCUCUGUAAGAAAACAACCAUUUUAAUAGAACUCUAUAUACGUUUUUGAUCUCAUUAGAAAUAGAUCUUUUGAUCGUUGUGUCUUUUCUAAUCAAUACCUUUGUUAGAAAAGAGGUGUUUAGUCCAGCAGAAAUCUGUCAUUUAGUUCUGUUAUCCUAUUCCCUUGCUAAUAUUUUAAAAUUAAAUUUCAUUUAAUUUUGUACACAAUGCCUAAGGAAGUGUAACCAGAACUUGAUCUUGUUUUAAGAUUGUGUCUGUAUUUGGUUCCAUGCUGUACUUAAUUAUAACUUACUUUCUUCAGAGACUGUUCUUACUCCACAAAUAUUCUUUAGUGUUAAAGUGUAAGAAGACAUUGUCCUUAUAUUCCUUAAUUAAUGGAUUAUUAAUAAAAUAUUUUUUAAAAUGGUG